UGGGUGACCUGUUUGGUUACAAACGCAUGCCAAACCUUGUUUGCUGCUUUUAAAUGCUCUCCUCCUCCCCCUUGGCUUUCUUUCAAAGAGUCUAUAAAGAAUUGAUUCAAGAAGCAGCGGCAACGACAAUAAGAAGAAGAAAACAUUCAAAGAUUGUGUGUGCACGUUAACGCCAUCCUUUUCGGAGACACACGUACGUACAUUAGCAUUUUCUGAUCCUCCAACAAUAACAUAUUUAUAAGGAAAAUAAAUAGAAAAGAAACAGAAUCAGAACAGAGAGCGAAAGUUAUGGAUACUCUGUGCUUGAAAAGCGGGAUUUCCGGAAUAACUCCGUCGAUCCCCGUGGGUGGGGCCCUCGAAGUCCGUUCAAACGCAACACAACAAAGGAGUGCAGUUGGCAGGUCCACGGUGGAUAAAUCGACGGGGGCUGCGCCGCCUAAUAAAACGUUGUCGUCUAGGUUAUUUUCUUUUAGGUAUCCUUUGAAGUCUCUGUGGCCGGGGCUAGGGGGAAGUGGUGGUGGUGGUGGUGGUGGUGGAAGUAGUAAAAGAUACAAAGGGAUUGCAUUAGAAGACGCUGUUUUGGUGGAGAAUGGAGAGAAGUCGGUUGUUGAAGGGGGUUGCAAGAAUGAAACGACAAUGGGGACAUCGUAUGCGGAAGGGCAAGAUAUGAAUUGGGUGUUGAAGAUUCUGCAGGUGAGGUCUCUCUGGAGAGCCAGAGACGAUACGAGACAAGGUGAAAGAUUGGAGAACGAAGAGGGUGUUGUGGUGGACGAUCAGAUGGAUGAUAAUGAAGAUGUUGAUGAAGAGGAAUGUGAAAUUUGUAAAAUUGAUGAUGACGAAGAAGAGUUGGAGUUUGACAAAGAAUCUUUUUCCAGUUUGUUACGGAGGGUGUCAUUAACUGAAGCCAAGCUCUAUGCUCAAAUGUCCUAUUUAGGGAACUUGGCUUAUUGCAUUCCAAAAAUCAAGGCAGGAAAUCUACUCAAAUAUCGUGGACUACGGUUUGUGACUUCUUCAAUAGAGAAAAAAGAUUUGGCAAUGAAAUCCGAGAAGGAUCAGGUGGCUUCUGAAAAGCAGGAAGCAGACAGCAAGCCAGAAGAUGAGGCCAAAGGCAAGGAGCAGAAGAACAAUGGUUAUCGAAUUAGUGCAUCUACUGCUUAUCAAAUAGCUGCCUCCACUGCUUCUUAUCUGCAUUCUCAUACAAAGAGCAUUCUUCCAUUCAAAUCCUCAAAAUCUGAGGCUGGUGCAGAUUUAUCAGAAAGGGGCAGUAGAACUGAUGUCAAUAUUAAUAUGAUGAAUGCAGAAGUAGCCUCUUUCAUGGCAACCACUGAUUCAGUGACGGCUGUGGUUGCUGCAAAGGAGGAAGUGAAGCAAGCUGUUGCAGAUGAUUUGAAAUCGACACGUUCAUCACCCUGUGAGUGGUUCAUUUGUGAUGAUGAUCAAAGUGGUACGAGGUUCGUUGUGAUUCAGGGGUCUGAAUCUUUAGCAUCUUGGCAGGCAAAUUUACUUUUUGAGCCUUGUCAGUUUGAGGGAUUCGAUGUGCUUGUGCAUAGAGGUAUAUACGAGGCUGCAAAAGGAAUAUAUGAACAGAUUUUGCCUGAGGUUCGUGCACACCUAAAGGCUAGUGGUAACCGUGCAACAUUCCGCUUCACUGGACAUUCUCUUGGGGGCAGCUUGUCACUACUUAUAAACCUGAUGUUGCUCAUACGGGGUGAAGUGCCAGCAUCUUCCUUGCUUCCUGUGAUAACAUUUGGUGCACCGUCUAUCAUGUGUGGAGGUGAUCAUCUUCUUCGCAAGCUUGGGUUGCCACGAAGUCAUGUUCAGGCAAUAACAAUGCACAGAGAUAUAGUCCCUCGAGCCUUCUCUUGUAAUUAUCCUAAUCAUGUUGCAGAGCUUCUGAAGGCUGUUAAUGGGAACUUCCGUAAUCAUCCUUGUCUAAAUAACCAGAAGCUACUAUAUGCUCCAAUGGGGGAGCUACUGAUACUACAACCGGAUGAGAAAUUUUCUCCCAAUCAUCCCCUCCUUCCUUCUGGCAGUGGGUUAUAUUUCUUAAGCUGCCCGUUAUUGGACACCAGUGAUGCUGAGAAGCAGCUGCAGGCUGCAAAGUUGGUAUUCUUAAAUUCGCCACACCCACUUGAGAUCCUAAGUGAUCGCUCUGCAUAUGGUUCCGAAGGAACCAUUCAAAGGGAUCAUGACAUGAAUUCUUAUUUAAGAUCUGUGCGGAGUGUGAUUCGCCAAGAGCUGAAUCAAAUCAGGAAGGCCAGGAGAGAGCAUCGUCGCAAGUUUUGGUGGCCUCUUGUGUUACCGCAUAGAAUAAAUUCUGGUAUCAUUGUGGAAAGGUCAGUGACGUCUGUGAACUUGGGCAUAGGCCUAGACCAAUUCAAGUUUUCUGGCAUCCUACAGACAAGUAAAGAAUCCUUGAAACGGUUGAGCAGGCUUGUUGCAUCACAGCAUAUGCAUUUGCUUGUAGUAUUGUUGUUCCCUGCACGAUUAUUACUUCUGGGGGCAUAUAACGUGAUCAGCUUCUAAUGGGUUGCCACAAUGUAUACUUUUUUGUAGAAUAUUGUACAGUGGGGGCACAUGGCUGGCUAUAUGGUUGGUUAGAUAAUUCUUUAUUCAUUGGAUUUGGAUAUGAAAAGCAAUUGGAAUGUUGAAAUGAGAUGUAGAGAGAGAAAAAAAAAAAAAAAAAAAAAAGAAACAGUCAAUAUCAUUCAAUGCAAAAUUGAAAAUACAGUUUGGAUUCAUUUUGUA